AUGUCUCAGAGCGAAAGUCACAGCGGCGUGAACCAGCUCGGCGGUGUGUUUGUCAACGGUCGGCCGCUGCCAGAUUCAACCAGACAGAAAAUCGUGGAACUCGCCCACAGCGGGGCUCGGCCGUGUGACAUCUCCCGAAUCCUGCAGACCCAUGCAGAUGCAAAAGUCCAAGUGCUGGACAAUCAAAACGUGUCGAAUGGCUGUGUGAGUAAAAUUCUGGGGAGGUAUUACGAAACUGGCUCCAUCCGACCGCGGGCAAUCGGAGGUAGCAAACCGAGAGUAGCGACUCCAGAAGUUGUAAGCAAAAUAGCGCAGUAUAAACGGGAGUGCCCCUCCAUCUUUGCUUGGGAGAUCCGAGACAGAUUACUUUCGGAGGGGGUCUGUACCAACGAUAAUAUACCCAGCGUGUCUUCGAUCAACAGAGUCCUCCGCAACCUGGCUAGCGAAAAGCAACAGAUGGGUGCAGAUGGAAUGUAUGACAAGCUGAGAAUGCUGAACGGGCAGACCGGGACUUGGGGCACGAGACCUGGCUGGUACCCGGGGACAUCAGUGCCAGGACAGCCGACGCAAGAUGGCUGCCCUCAACAAGAAGGAGGGGGUGAAAACACCAAUUCCAUCAGUUCAAAUGGAGAAGAUUCAGACGAGGCCCAGAUGAGACUUCAGCUGAAAAGGAAACUACAAAGAAAUCGGACCUCCUUUACCCAAGAACAAAUUGAAGCGCUUGAGAAAGAAUUUGAGAGAACUCAUUAUCCUGAUGUGUUUGCCAGAGAGAGACUAGCUGCCAAAAUAGACUUGCCUGAAGCAAGAAUACAGGUGUGGUUUUCGAAUAGGAGGGCAAAAUGGAGACGGGAAGAGAAACUAAGGAAUCAGAGAAGACAAGCCAGCAACACCCCCAGUCACAUUCCCAUCAGCAGUAGUUUUAGCACGAGUGUCUACCAACCGAUCCCACAACCCACAACACCUGUUUCCUCUUUCACAUCAGGUUCAAUGCUGGGCAGAACAGACACCGCGCUAACAAACACAUACAGUGCUUUGCCACCCAUGCCUAGCUUCACAAUGGCUAACAACCUGCCUAUGCAACCCCCAGUACCCAGCCAGACUUCCUCUUACUCUUGCAUGCUGCCCACAAGUCCGUCAGUAAAUGGGAGGAGCUAUGAUACAUAUACCCCUCCUCACAUGCAGACACAUAUGAACAGCCAGCCAAUGGGCACCUCUGGCACCACUUCAACAGGUCUUAUUUCCCCUGGAGUGUCAGUUCCUGUUCAAGUUCCCGGCAGUGAACCUGAUAUGUCUCAAUAUUGGCCAAGAUUACAGUAA